AUGGAAAGCCCCCACGAGCAUCAGCAGACGGUACUGCUCUCUCGCAUCAUCACCAACGUUGAGAAGCUCAAUGAAGCCAUUAUGGUCAUGAACAAAGGUCUCCAGGAAGUCAACAUCCAGAACAUGAAUGUUGAGCUUGUAGCGCAGAUGUUCAAGAACUACCAGUCUAAUGUUCUCUUCCACCUCGAAGCCACGGAGAACCUCCAAGAACCAUCAGCCUAA